UCUAUUUCUCCAUGGCGCUGAGAGUAGUGUUACGCAAAAUUGUCGUCUGCUGGUUACGCCCACAUUACGCCGACACUUAUACUUGUUUAUGAGAUUGUCAAACAAGUCUGAAGAUGCAGAGUGACAGCGGCGGGUCUGUCGUGUGAUCGACCUUGAUUCGUCCUUGUGAAUACGACACGGCGGGACCCUCGGACGUAUCAAAGGGAGGAACAUCUCUCGACUCGAAGUGGGGAAUAUACACGACUUUGUCUCCGUACCGCUUUUCCUCCGGGUUCGUUUACCGGAGGUCAAGUUCAACCAAGAUAACAGCAGGCCACCAAACUGUCAGAAAGUUCGUCGGUCAGUCAUUGUCUCGUCGGGUAUUCACCUGCUGAAGGUGGAAAUCUGGUGGUGCUGUAUCAGAGAAAUGACAGUCCAAAGCGAGCACACUACUGAACCUAUGACUGUCUUCUGGUGCGUUACGUAGUUUAGUCUGGCAGAAAUUCAUCUACGUUUCCGAGAGUGUUACUGGCUCCAACAUCGUCCUACCGGAAUACACUCACAACAUCCCAGAAGACAGCCAUCUUAAUAAUCGCCGCCGUGAGAACCUGAAAUCGCCUCCGGGAGCGGUACGGACCAGAUGACCACCGAGCGCCAAGCCUGCGGUCUUGGUUCCUUUCUUCCCAUGAGUUGCCGUGGUAGAGCCGAGGCUUUUGCCCGUCGCCUUCAAAGUCGCCUACAAUCUCUAGGUCGCGCUGGUUCCAGAGACGGCGCCUCCUCUCCAGCCGACGAAAACAGUUGGUUGACAGGACAGCUCGAGGUCACCAGCCACCAACCUCGCCUGAGUUCUUCCUCCGAGUCCGACAUUUAUUUUGACUUCGACCUUGACUGCGAGAGUCCUGGAAGUCCAAUUGAAGAACCUGCACACUCAGAAAUUCUUCAAGAUUACGCUGUGAACAAAAGCCGAGCCUUCCACUGUCCACCAAAGACACAAUACUCUUCUGAAUCUGGCUGUGUGUCAUCAUCCACAGUAACCGGCACAUCACCAGACAGUGAUAGUUCAGAUGGGCUUUAUUAUGACCCGGAGAAUUUAGAUUCAGAGGUUGCCAGCAACCAUCAGAAUCGUAAACACGAGUUCAAGCAUGAUUCAUCUCAGGAGAUUGGUACAGGGGAAUACAGUCAUAAUAGAGUUCCACACACAGAAACCAACCUAAAUGUUACGAUGAAUGGUCACAUUCUGGGUCUGAAACAAGAGUCCUCAAGCCCAGAUGAAGAACACAGGCGUGUUGGAAAACGCAAUUUUAGGAACGCAGCUGGUUUCAGAGUCAGUAGAAGAGACAAACCAUUACUAGUACCGAGUGAAAGUGAUAUGAAACCAAUCUCCAUGAAUGAUUUGGGUUCCUUAUCCAGUGAAGGUUCUAUUGCUGAUGAAUAUUUUGAGUGCAUAUCGUCCAAACCAGAAGAGUGUUUGUCUGACUAUUUGAAGUGUUCACAUGAUAGUGGAUACCCAAACACAGCAGAGUCUUCCAGGUGCAAUUCACAAAAUGAAAGCCAUGAAAAUGAAACAAAUGAUUGUGGCUCGCAUCAAGAUAAAGAAUGCAGCUCUGUUCAAAACUGUUAUGUGUCAAAUGGAACUUCGGACUCUCUCCCUCAAAGGCCUAACGAAAUUUCUUCGGAGACUGAACAUUCUCAGAUAUUGUCUCAUCCUGAUAUUCCUAAAAUGCCCAAUAGCAAUGAACCUCGAUCCACAGUAUCCAGCGAUGAUGAAGUCAAGUCUGAUAUGGAAUCUCUCAAUGCAAGAUCCACAGAUUUUCCUGGGAACUCAAAUGAUGAUUGUAGCAGUUCCCUGUCAGAAUCUUUGUACACCUCAACCCUUAUCCGGCCUAGCAAACUUACCAUCGAAUGCCCAAUUGAUCUCGUAAAAUUUGAUAUAUCGGAACACAAGGAAUCCACAGAACCAUCAGAUAAGAAGAUGGAUGACGAUGACGAUGACGACGAUGUAAACAGACCAACUCCUCGAGUUCGGCGCUGUUCCUCCCUCAAGUCAGGGAAGACCCCUCCAGGCACACCGGGACGCAAGAAGAUCGUUCGGUUUGCAGACGUACUGGGUCUGGAUCUUGCCGAUGUCCGAACUUUCUUAGAUGAGAUUCCCAAAGUCCCACGUUCGGCCUAUGAAGAUCUUCAGUGUGCUGAAUUGUCAGACAAUGCUGCUUCAUCACUGAGAGAUGGGAUUUUGAGUGACGUUCUGGUGCCAGUAUGUAUGAGUGGGGCCAUGAAACCAGACCGUUGUCUGAUUCCUUUGUUUCAGCAACCAGGAGGACAGCUUGACUUCAUGGACCGUGUCAGAGACGAUUUUGUCUGUCUGGAGAACGCUGUGGUCACUGAUCCUGUCUCGUAUUGCAUUUCAGGGACUGUCAGAGUGCGAAAUCUGGACUUUCACAAGAGUGUUCACGUAAGGUAUACUUUAGAUGGAUGGAAGACAUUCGCUGAUCUGCAAGCCACGUAUGGUACAAACUCUUGUGAUGGUUUCUCUGACAAGUUUAGCUUUAUCUUGUACGCUCAUACAGUUCAAGUAGGGCAGCGCCUGGAAUUUGCCAUAAGGUUUCAAUGUAGAGGUGGGCAGUACUGGGACAGCAACCGGGGCGCGAACUAUGCUUUCCAGGGUCUGCCGUCUGCUGAUCAUACUUCCUAUCUGGCCCUGACCAUGCCAAUGCCCAUGCCCAUGUCUGUCAGUCCAGACGAUAAUAUUUCCUCCUCCUUCUACUAAACAGCAAUACAUUUAACCCUCAUAGUGCCAGUAUCCAUUAAAUGGACUGUAAAAUGUUGCUUAAAAUGUACAAAUUUAUUAGAUCGAUCGUCAAAGUCAGAUAUAUCGACCAUUUUAUAUUACUACACGCAACUAUACAUGAGGGAAAAAGCGAAAUCUACAACAGCUGCUGUGGUGAAUUUAAGUGUUUAAUUCUUGAAUAGUUCAAAAUUAAUACAUUCAAUUAAAGUGAACAUUUUAAAGCAGAUUAAAAUUCUGUGUAAAGUCUACAAUGUUGGAGGCUGGCACUGAAGGGGUAGAAAAACUUAACCACGGCUAUUUCGAUGGUAUUAUUGGAGAUUUCGAGUGAUAGACGCAAAGUGGUACAUGCUCAACUUGUUAAAUGCCAUUUGUACGGCUUUCUGGGACGGUUAAUUUUGAGGAUGGCAAUUUUGUUUGCUGUUUAUAAUUUUCAAUUGGAGCUGUUUCAUAUUUUAAGCACGAUCCAUGUUGCUGUGGUGAAUACUUUGCCAUAUCUUGUUUCUAACUUCUUCUCAAAUGACCUGGUUAUUCGGGACUUAACACAGUUAAUGUCAAAUCGUAAUUCAUUUUAAAAGAAAGUUAAUCAAUUUCUUGUCGCCCAUUAGAAAGUUCCAAAAUUUAAUCUUACACUUCGGACAGGCUUACUACUUACCUUCAUACGUAAUCGAGGUUAAGAAUGUAUGGAACCAUGGCGUCUUCUUUCGGGUGUGGAAUGUCCUCUUACAUACACCUGGAAAAUGAAAUUGUUUUUCGUUCCACAGCUUGUUGCAUGACCGUGUAGGUAUUUGCAGCCAGAGAUAAAGUUUGUGAACUCAAUAUAAUUAUUUGUUUCUCCAUUCUUUUUCUGAACGAGUUAACCGCGGCGGCACCUAAAGAAUGAAUUAUUAUAAAAUGGUACAAUGGAGAUGCUGGAAACCUUUGGUGUCGACAAGUUGUGGUUAAGUUUUUUUAAAAUUAAAUAAAAGCUACGUAAUACUGUACACAUAACGAUAUUUUAUAGGUACUUUUAACUAUAUUGUGUGUACGUAUAUUUCUGUAUUCUUAUUUCUACGUUCUCGUGUUUGUAUAGUGAUAAAGAAUAUAACAAUUAUACUACAAAAAUCAAUAUUUUAAAAAGUAUUGUCAAGAGAUACUUCUUUAUUUUUAAGAGAUUAAAUCUGUUUCUUGAAGUAGGAUAAUGCAAACCCUGUUUUAGAUUUUCUGUGUUAUCAACAGUGUUAUCAAAAUUUGGAUAUAUUUAUCGUAAAGGUCUCGUGUUGUAUUAUCAACGUCAUUACAACCCUCAGUUUCAUUGGUUCUCGUCGUCGGAGCUUUUUAAAUUAUAUACCAGUAAUAAGACGUGUCAUCUAAUAGUAACAGAGACUCUUGUAAUUCGGUAUCUAUACACCACUGAUUCAAAUACUGGGUGGAAUAAUGGCAUUUGGUGUAUUUAUGGUGUACUCGCAUUAUUAUACUUCACUUUUGAAACUUGUUCCUAUAUUACAGAUGUUUUAAAGCUUAACAGUUUAAAGACGUUGUUAAUUUUAUGGUAUACUAAUUAUUGCAUACAAUAGAGCACAAUAGUGUUAAAUUCAAAAGUUCUGAUGGGCUAAGUGAACGGAGAAGAUUUCAAAGUGAAUGAAAACUAUGGACAUACGAGAUUGUAUUAUUGUCAUAUCCUUCCAAUUUGGUAUGAAAUAUUGUGCAUCAACGUUAUGGAUGUGUUAUUAUCCAUCUAGAUUUGAAAUAAUACUAUGUAAUAGAUUUUAUCUGAAAAAGAAACUGUACUUGUGUUUAUGGAUAUUUCUCUCAGAUUGUCAUGGCACAAAUUUUACUUUAGAAUAUUGACAUUUAUGGGGGGAUGUCGGUAUAAAAAGUAAAUGAAUUCCUAGUUUAUAGUUUAAUGAAGUUUUCAGUACUGUUGAUAAUGAUGGUCAUCCUAAACGUAUUUCAGUAUUAUUGUGAAAUAUGUCGUCCAAAUGGUUCAAAAGUUAUUACAUACGUUCAGACAUAUACACGAAUAUGAUGUCGUAGAUCUUACAUUAAGCGAUUCUCUAUGAAGAGGAGACCUCUUGAGAAGCUGAUAGUCGCUUAACUGAUAAAUAAAUUCCCCAUCUUCUAUGGAA